CUUCAUUCCCUUCGAUCCAUUGCUUUGCAUCAGAUAACUCUUCAACGAACUCUGCUAGUAUAAUUAACCAGCAGGCUAGCUAGCCAUGAGUAGUAAAUUCUUAGCAUUUCUUCUUCUCAUCUUUCUUGCACUUCAACUAGGAUGUUUUGAUGGUGUUGUAUCCGGCCAGCAGCAGCUGCUGCAUUAUAACAUUUACCAUCGAGACUCGGACGAGGUUGUCGGAGUCUUGGUUGGCUCCGGUCUGCCCAUGAAGGGCACCGCCGAAUACUAUUCGGUUAUGGCAGCUCGGGAUCAACACCGUCACCGGCGGCACGCAUUUACGUUUCAAGGCGGCGAUGUCACCACGCGCAUAGACAACUUGGGAUCCUUGCAAUAUGCCCGUAUUUAUAUUGGGACUCCACCAGUUCCGUUUCUGGUGGCACUGGACACGGGGAGCGAUUUGUUUUGGUUGCCCUGUCGUUGCAAGGACUGUGCAACUUCCUACACCAUACCCCCAAACACGGUGAUGAGCCUGAACUCAUACGAGCCCGGUUCAUCGUCGACAAGCGAGGUGGUUCUGUGUAACAGCUCAUACUGCUUCGGAGACAGCCGCCAGUCCUGCCCCCUCCACGGACCCACACCGUGCACCUACGAGUACCCCUACAUGUCCCCAGACACAGCCACUAAGGGCUUUCUUGUUGAGGACUUCAUGCACCUCGAAGCAUACGACACUAACGCCACCACCACCCAACUCGACCAUAUCGUUGUCCCGGUGGUCUUCGGAUAAUUUCAUGGCGGGUUAUCACGUUGUAUUCGACCGAGAAAGGUUAAUUCUCGGAUGGAAACCAUCGGAUUGUAAAGCCAAAGAAGCAAACACCUCUAGUGCAUCCGAGUUAUCAAGAAUGGAGGACAUAUUAUUUUUCUUCUUGCUUUGUUUUUCAUUGUCAUAUAUUAUGUAGUCUAAUAACUUUAUUUAGCCUAAGGUAAAAGUAGGAUGUGAUGUGUAGAUUAUUAGGAAAAAGGUAUGAUGUGAUAGGUAGGGUUUGAAAAAGUAAUGGGUAAAAGUGGUUUUUUAAUAGAAAUGGGUAGGAGAUUGUGGGACACAAUUUUUUUGAAAGGUGUAAAUCUUUUUGAGACGGAGGGAGUACAAAAAUUGAAGAAAAUAAUAAGAGGGAAAAUAUUCUGUAUAUUGAAUUGUUCUGCUAAGUACAAGGAGUUUCUCCUUUAUUUAUAGGAGAGGAUAAAGACCAAAACACAAAAGGAAUUCUAUUCCUACAAGGAAACAAAUCACUAAAUAUGAACAAGGAAACAAAUCAAGAGCAAUCCCACUU